AUGAAAGCGUAUGCAAUUUGGGUGAUCGAGCUAAGCUAAUCCUUAAGACUAGGAAAGACAUGGACAAGCACCUCGCCGCCGGCCGUGGCGGCGGUAGCCGUGGCCGUGGGAGGAAGCCGGGUUUUUAUCGAGGUGGAAGCUCGUACACGGUCCCGUCGUCCUCUGCACCUUCGUGGAGGCCUCGCCGGUCGGACCACACAGAGCCGGUCACUGGCAGCCAAGCAAUCUCUGAUCCGAGUCCAUCGAUUCCUGAGCAGGAUAUUAAGAGUGAGCAUGAAUUCUUGAUCGGAACUUGCCCCGAUAUGUGCCCAGAGAAGGAGAGGGCCCAACGCGAGCGGCUUAGAGAUUUGUCGGUGUUUGAGAGAUUAAAUGGAAAUCCUGGCAGAACUUCUCCAAGCCUGGCUGUUAAGAAGUUCUGCAGAACCAUGUCUACGCUACAUUUGCAGACAUCUGACAUAAGGCCUCCUUCUGUUCUGCAAAACACAUUGAAGUAUCUGCUGGGUCUACUGGAAUCCACAAGUCACCCUUUUGACGUAGUCCAUGAUUUUAUCUUUGAUAGAACGAGAUCAAUUCGCCAAGAUCUCACCAUGCAGCAAAUCAUAAAUGAGCAAGCUAUUGAUAUGUAUGAGGAAAUAGUUAAGUUCCAUAUUACAUCACAUUGCAAGCUUGCCAGAUAUUCUGGCAAGUCUGAUGAAUCUUCCUUGUAUUACCUGAACAUGGAGCAACUUAUGAAGUGCCUCUUGUCUAUUUUUGACAUGUAUGAUAUGGCUCGUAGAUCAAAAGGUGUAAUUAAGAAUGAAGCUGAGUUCCGUUCUUAUUAUGUUCUUCUACAUCUUGGUUGUAAGAUCCCAACAAUGGGCAAUUCUCUCUCUUCAUGGUUUUGCCGCAUUCCUUUCUCCAUUCUCCAAUCAGAGGAAAUGUGUCUUGCUAGGACCCUACUGAGAUACUACCGGAUGGGUGACUAUAAGCAGUUCAUUAGUACUACAGCAACCAGAGCAUCUCACCUACAGUUGUGCCUUCUAGAACCUUUUCUUAAUGAGGUCCGCGCACAAGCACUAGCAUAUAUUAAUUUAUGCGGAUACAAGGUGAAUCCUUACCCACUGACACACCUUUCUAAACUCCUGAUGAUCCAGGAACAAGAUCUGGAAUCUCUAUGUUCUGCAUGUGGUUUGGAAACAUGCAUAGAUGAAGCAGGUACUAAGCUUUUACCUGCCAAACAAACAAGUUUCUCUCUUCCAAAAUUAGGGUUUCAAAGUUAUGGCCUUCUGAACAGAGAUACAUGUUAGAGGUGGGAAGCUUUAGGCCUGGAGGCAUGUAACAUAUCAUGUCAAGAAACUUAUCACCAAGACGUGUUCAUCGUGCUUCUGGUUUUUAAGCUUUUCUGAAGCUCCACAGGAUUGAAUUGAUUUUCAUGUAUAAAGAUUUACAUAUCUAAAAUUCAUGCAAGCAGUGAUGCUGUUAAAUAUAAGGAAGAACUUAUGGUCUGUUUAUUGGAUUACUUAAGUAUCUGAUGUUGUUAUUUGUGUACAUCCAAUGUAAAUGUUGUGUAAUUCUAAGCGUCAGUUAGAAUUACAGGCAUUGAAUUCAAUUGUAAGGCUGUUUUGUAGAAUAAGGAUACCUUUUUAUGAAACGAGUUUGAGAAGUUCAAUAUUUAAAGUUUU